AUGGAACAAUUAAAACAAAGAGGAGAAGGGAGUAGUAACGUGCAACGAGCUACACAAGCAUCACAAGCAUUACCAAAUAAAAUCAGAAAUCCAAUUACACAGCUACUUAAGGGAGUUGGAUAUUUAGUAUAUGUUCGCAUGCCAACAUGGGUACAACAUAUAUUGAAUCGAGCUUAUGAAAUUGCCUCGGGAUAUAAAUUUCUUGUCGAUUUUUCUGCAGUAUUUUCAUUAUUAUUUGCCAUGCCAUUUACUAUUUUUCUUAUAUGGUCGAUUGGUUCUUUGGUAGUUACAAUGGUCUUAUGGGCAUUUGCUUAUGCUGCUAUUAAUGGAUUAUCUAUCGGCAUAGGUCUAUUGUGUAUCUCACCCGUGUUCGUGACGUUAUUAUUUAUAACAUUCUGUAUUACCUUGGUUAUAACAAUUAUUAGAUUGAUUAGUUAUGGAAGUUCUUUUGUUUAUAAAUACAUUUCAUCAUUUCUUCAAAAUCGAGUGGAUUCAGAUCUUUACAAAGAGGAUGCUAGACUACGAUCAACCCGUAAUGUUAGAUUUUACGAUGAAAGGAGAGAAGAAUGCCCAUCUAUUUAA